ACAGCCCACAAGAGGACUAAUAUCCUCCCCCUCUCACCCCAUCUCCCUGCUGUUUGUCAUUCAACUUGAGUUUUAUGUAUAAACACCGAAACCAGCGUGUUGUCAUGGUACUACUUCUGGGACUGGACCGUUCUUCCUAACAAGGUGUUUUCUUACGGGGGGACCUGCGUCCCAAUGAGUUCCUCGUAAAAGAGCUGCACUGCAAGCGCCGGGAAUAGUAAUAAAAAAACAAAAAGGAUUUCCUCUCCCCUUCUGUCCAACCCCUCCCUCUCUCCUCUUGGGGCUCUAAAUAAGCCUGGCUGUCUGGACCCUUGAAGAGUCCUCCCGUCUUACACGUACCCACCACUCUCACCUUUUCUCUCCCCCGGUUCCCCUUCACUUCUCUUCUGGCCACUCAGACUCCACUGCUUAUGCUGUUGAAGUGGGCCAAGGAGAAGUUCAGAUGAUCCGUUGGGCUACUCUGAACCACGCCGUUCACACUGCCCUGGAGUGAGACGAGCAACUAGUGUGAGUGUGCGAGAACCCUUUGAGGGUGCUGUGUGCAUCCUGUGUGGUCCAUCUGCAAAGCCUGGCAGAAAGCUUGGCUUGCCCCUUUACUCUUUUUACCCUUGAGAUGCCCUCCCCUCCAAAUGAUGGAGAGGAACAAGGAGCAUCCCCCCUGAACAAGCCAUCUGUACGCUCCUACAAGAACAGCGGGAACAGGAAGGUGCACACCAGAAAAAAGAAAGGCGCCAUCACUGCAAAUGUCGCUGGCACUAAAUAUGAGAUUGUGCGUAUAGUUAUCAAAGAGAUGGACUUCAUUAAAACACGUGAUGAAGAUGAGACUGCCAACCUCAUCUGGAGUGACUCAGCCGUGCAGCAUGAGAAAAUUGCUGAGCUCAGGAACUAUCAGAGAAUUAACCAUUUCCCUGGCAUGGGCGAAAUCUGCCGGAAAGACUGCCUAGCAAGAAAUAUGUCCAAAAUGAUUAAGUGCCAGCCUCAAGAGUAUAGCUUCAUACCUAAAACCUGGAUCUUCCCUGCUGAGUACACUCAGUUCCAGAACUAUGUCAAAGAGCUACGGAGGAAACGCAAGCAGAAAACCUUUAUCGUCAAGCCUGCCAACGGAGCCAUGGGUCAUGGGAUCUCACUUAUCCGCAACUGUGAGAAGCUGCCAGCCCAGGAGCACUUUAUCGUUCAGGAGUACUUGGACAAGCCUUUCCUGAUGGAGGGCUACAAGUUUGACCUACGCAUCUACAUCCUGGUCACUUCCUGUGACCCACUUCGCAUUUUCCUGUACAAUGACGGCCUGGUUCGCAUGGGCACAGAGAAAUACCAUGCACCCAGUGAAGCCAACCUGAGCCAGCUCUACAUGCAUCUCACCAACUACUCAGUUAACAAACACAACGAGAACUUUGAACGAGAUGAGACGGUGGACAAAGGAAGCAAGAGGUCUAUCAGCUGGUUGACAGAGUUCCUCCGCUCCAAUGACUACGACGUCACCAAGCUCUGGGGUGACAUCUCAGAGCUGGUGGUGAAAACAUUGAUAGUGGCUGAGCCCCAUGUGCUGCACGCCUACCGCAUGUGCCGCCCCGGUCAGCCACCAGGGAGCGACAGUGUUUGCUUUGAGGUCCUGGGCUUUGACAUCAUCCUGGAUCGCAAACUCAAACCCUGGCUACUGGAGAUCAAUCGAGCGCCGAGCUUUGGAACCGAUCAGAGGAUUGAUUACGAUGUGAAGAAAGGGGUGCUGCUUAAUGCUCUCAAACUCUUAAACAUUAGGGCCAGUGAUAAGAAACGCAACCUGGCUCAGCAAAAGGCAGAGGCUCAGAGACGGCUAUAUGGACAUGGCUCCAUGAAGAAACUCCCAGCAGCUUCGUCGGACUGGGAGAAACAACGCCACACAUUAGAGCGAAGAAGAGAAGAGCUGAAAGAGCAACUUGCACAGGUUCGCAGGCAGAUUUCCAGAGAAAACCAUGAAAAGCAACACCUGGGAAAUUACAGACGUAUUUACCCCCCAGACGACAAGCUGCUGUUGGAAAAGUAUGAAAGCCUGCUCUCGGCCGCCUUUCAGACCUUCCUCGCCGGGCGAGCUGCCUCACUUCAAAAGGAAAUGAAUAAUCCUCUGAAACGAAUGAAGGAAGAAGACAUCCUGGGUUUACUGGAACAAUGUGAACUGGAUGACGAGAAGCUGAUGGGCAAAUCCUCCAGACAACGAGGCCCGAAGCCUUUAACAGCCAUGCCAGAAUGCAGUCAGACGCCCAGACGCCAGCGACCAGACUACCUGGCUGACUUCACCAGUGCCAGCAGUGGCGAGAAUUCCUGCUCUUCGUCUGAUGAAGAGGAGGAAGAGAGGAGGAAGGCAGGAGAAGGAAGAAGUGGAGAGAAGAGAGGAGAGAAGAAAGUUUCCUAUGACCUUAGCAAGGAGAAGAACUUCGCUGAGCGCUCAGGCCGCAUACACUGGAAACCUCAGUCACUCAAAACCAGCACUGCUCCCUCUGCAUUGCCAACACUUUCUGGUCCAAUCAGACGCUCCAUCUCCUGCCCUCGCUCCAUUGCCUCCCUCUCAUCCCCCAGUGAGGUGCGAGCGUUGUCCACCAGGACCUCUCCUGCGGUGACCAUAGCCACACCCCUCGUCAGGCCGAGCUCUGCCGGGCUACGCUCUCAUUCGCUGAGCCGCAGUGGUUCUGCACACCGUGUGCCUCACAGCAACAGCCUGGGGACCAUCCACUCCAGUAUGGGUGAUCCGCUGAUUAACCUGAGGAAUAAAGAGCAGGAGGCAGAGCUGGUGCGUCAGACCUUGGCAGCCCUCACAGCCAUGCGGAUAAGGUUUCCAGGGAAAACUGAGGAAGAGGCCGAAGCUGUGCUGGACGAGAUCCUCGACAACUGGAGAUACCAUAAACCAAAGGUUGCCUCCUAUUGGCUGGUGAAGUUGGACUCAACCAAACAGCGGAAGGUGCUGGAUAUUGUGCGUACCAACGUCCGCUCAGCACUGCAGCGCAUCUGGAGGGAGCCAGACGUAGAGAACCUCCACCUCUACCGACUUUUUAACCGCGUCUUCAGCCGCCUGCUCUGGAGCCACGGCCAGGGCCUGUGGAACUGCUUCUCCAACACCAGUUCAUCAUGGGAGGCGACUUUCAGCAAGAGCAGCGAGGUGGUGUCACCGCAGGAGCUGCAGUGCUGCCGCCGGCUGGUCCAGCUGUGCAGAGACUGCCUGUUGGUCGUCUACAAGUUUGUCUCCGAGUCCCGGGGCUCUUUGACUGGACUCAGUCCUGAAUGGGACGACACCAGCUUACCAUUUGCCGCUGGACCAGCCUCUACCCAUGGCUCCACUCCUGCCGCUGCCGCUUCCUCUUCCUCCUCUUCCUCCGUCUCUUCGCCCCUCAACGCAGGUACUGGAACGCUGUUAGCAGGAGCUGCCUCACUGCUCUGUCUCGGUGGAAGGUGUCAUAGAAAAGUCUUAGAUCGGUACCUGCUGCCAGUGACUUCCCAGUUCAUCAUGAAGUGGCCUUCAUCCAGCUUUGGCCGCAUCUCCUCGGCCGUGCCACGUUCCCGCAGCCUUUUUGACGCCAGAAUGGACCACUUCUGAGAUCGCCACGGCAAACCGGCCAUGGCUCCUGACACCUCGUCUUUUGACCUCAACCCCAUCUCUUCCUCCACUCCAACCCUAGCCAAAAACCAGAUUUGAAUCCCAGUAUAGAUCUGAAUUCGGUGCAGCUAUGGAUGCCAGAUAAGGGCCUCAACUUUGCCAAAUCGCCUUGUGGAAGAUCAACAGAGCCACGUCAGAAGAUUUUGGGCUACUAAAGAGUGUUGUCCAGUUUGGCCCGGCUCAGACCAGCAGACAACUGGUAUCCUCUAUCCGUCCCUUCUGCCCCCGUAAUGAGGCGGUGGCUUCACCUCUCUGUUCUUAUUUUAAUUGCUGUAUGAUAUUUCACUGUACAAGUCACAGUACUGUAAAACAAAUUAACAUUAUACUAAACAAUGCAAGGAUUAUUUAUUUAUGUACUUUUUUAUUUUGUACGCUAUUCCAUGAAGUCAGUGAAAUGUAGUGCGGAAUGCAGAUAAUGAAUAACAAAACUACAACUCAUUUGAAUAAGUGGACGUAACAAAAAAAGAUUAUUUUUGAUGACUGUAAUUAUUUAUUUCUGUAUUCAGAUUUUAAUUUAUUUCUUAACUUAUACCAGAGGAUUUAUGUUAACAGCCACGUUACUUUGUUGUUUUUGCAUUGAGAAAGGUGAUGCCCAGAGAGCUUGAAAAUGUUUAAUUUCUAAAUACUAAUGUCUCUUGUUUUACUUGUGAUAAUAAAUGCAGCACUACUAAAUGACAGGUUGUUUUGAAUGUCAGUGUAGUAAGGCCAAGCCUCUUUGCCUCCUAGAGCAUGAGCUGACUUUAAUGUCACAGCGUAAAGAGCCAAACCUCUCAGAGAUCACCCACUAGUUCCUGAUAUACACUUUGCAGUUUGUCACAGAAGGAGAACACUACUGCACAUUAGUAGAAUAUGCAUGCCUAAACUUUAGUCUCUUUAGAAGCAGAAGUAGUGGUUAGACAGAGGAGUGGCAUUUGGAAUAUACUUGAAGUUUUGUGUCAUCAUUAAUUAUUGUGUUAUUGCAAGGAGGACACUUCAUUUUCACAUUUGUCGUCUUGAGUAUGGAUGUCCUAAUGACAGGAGGGAUGUGUGUCACGAUUCAGAGAUUGUUCGGCACGCUGAAUGAUGCGGCUCAUUAGCUCAUACGUACUGUACUGCAACAGCAGUGAUUUGCCUGGGAUGAGCAGCUGCAGCCUUUCCCCCCACUGCACUAUGGGUACAACAGCCAGGGAUAUUAUAGAUGUGGCAAUAAUAAGCACAUCUACUACAUGCAUUCACAGCUGGAUUUAUUUUAGACUACUGUGUUUUUUUUUUUUUUAAUCAACUGCAGAAAAUCAGUUCAAGCAUCAGAUAUUAAUACAAAAAACUGCUGUAUGUUUACUUACUGUGUGUACAACUUUUAAAGAUAUUUCUGUACAAAACGGCACAGAAAAAAACAUUUUACAUUAUUUUAACUAGUAAGAAUAGCAGCAAUUAUCUGUAAUGCUGUUCAAGACUCCCUUUAUAUCAAUUUCACAAUGCCAAAAAAUGCUUGUUUUGCCUGAUUUUAUUUGUGUUAUUUAAGACUAUUACUUUUUCAUUCAAGUUUUUUUUUUUUU